UAUUCCCAGUGAAAAAGAGGGAGUAACGGUUUAGACUAUCCGGCAGGAAGCACUUCCGUUCUCUAGAAAUGCGGUAGAAGCCCUUGGAAAAGUCUCCGGUUUCCAUCCUACUUCUUAGAAAAAUACUAGGUAUCUCAGGCCACAAUUUUUAGAUUUGGUGAUAAUCCCCCUAAAAUGGUAAGACAAAUAAUUUACCCCAUCCUUGCCUCACAGUGGCACCCAAAGUCCAGCCAAAGGGGGGAAAAUGUAGCGGAGCGUUUGGCACUUAAUGCAGUGUAGUCGGGCAAAUUUGUGUUCGGCCUCCGCUGACCAAUCACUAGCUGUGUGACCUUGUAGAAGUCUCGUUAACUAUGAAUCUGGGAGAAACGCACCACAGCAUGCACAGAGUCUGUGACAAAGGAAGCUCUCGUAUUUUCACUUACUCUGAGUUAUAGAGUGCCACGCCCUAAGGCAAUAGCGGCCUGUCCGGGCACCUGGAACGCUCGCACCGCAUCCAUGACAUAACUUCCGGAGCGCUAGGUUCAGGCUUUCUUGAGCACAGAGGUGGCGGUGCGUGCUUUUGGUUAGGGAAGGAAGAUGGAAACUAGGUUCUGUUGCUUUCUACGAAGGAAUUAUCUAUAAAGUAAAUAUGCUAAUAUUGAAUAAGACAGUAAGAGUUUUUUCUAUACCAUCAAAAAGGAAAAUUUAUGAAUUUUUAGGAAGUUUUACUUUUCAUCCUGGAAAACUAUUUCUUCAUAAACUAGUAUUGGGAAUUGAAACCAGUUGUGAUGAUACAGCAGCUGCAGUGGUGGAUGAAACUGGAAAUGUGUUGGGAGAAGCAAUACAUUCCCAAACUGAAGUUCAUUUAAAAACAGGUGGGAUUAUUCCUCCAGUAGCGCAACAGCUUCACAGAGAAAAUAUUCAACGAAUAGUACAAGAAGCUCUUUCUGCCAGUAGAGUCUCUCCGAGUGAACUCUCAGCAAUUGCAACUACCACAAAACCAGGACUUGCUUUAAGCUUGGGAGUAGGUUUAUCAUUUAGCUUACAGCUGGUAGACCAGUUAAAAAAGCCCUUCAUUCCCAUCCAUCAUAUGGAGGCCCAUGCACUUACUAUUAGGUUAACCAAUAAUGUAGAAUUUCCUUUUUUAGUUCUUUUGAUCUCUGGAGGUCACUGUCUAUUGGCAUUAGUUCGAGGAGUUUCAGAUUUUUUGCUUCUUGGAAAGUCUUUGGACAUUGCACCAGGUGACAUGCUUGACAAGGUAGCAAGAAGACUUUCUUUAAGAAAACAUCCAGAGUGCUCCACCAUGAGUGGUGGGAAGGCUAUAGAACAUUUGGCUAAACAAGGAAAUAAAUUACUUUUUGAUCUCAAACCCCCCAUGCACCGUGCUAAAAAUUGUGAUUUUUCUUUUUCUGGACUUCAAAACGUUGUUGACAAAAUAAUAAAGCAAAAGGAAAAAGAAGAAGGCAUUGAGGUGGGACAAAUCCUAUCUUCAGCUGCAGACAUUGCUGCUGCAGUACAGCACACAACAGCAUGCCACAUUGCGAAAAGAACACAUCGUGCUAUCCUGUUUUGCCAGCAGAGAGGCUUGUUAGCUCAGACUAAUGCAGUACUGGUUGCAUCUGGAGGCGUUGCAAGUAACCUAUAUAUCCGAAAAGCUCUGGAAAUUGUAACAAACCUAACUCAGUGCAUUUUGUUAUGCCCUCCUCCCAGACUGUGCACUGACAAUGGCGUUAUGAUUGCAUGGAAUGGCAUUGAAAGAUUACGUGCUGGCUUGGGUAUUUUACACGACACAGAAGGCAUCCGCUAUGAACCAAAAUGUCCUCUUGGAGUAGAUAUAUCAAAAGAAGUUGGAGAAGCUGCCAUAAAAGUACCGUGAUUAAAAAUGAAGAUCUGAUAUUUGCUUUCCCAAAAAAUCUCUAAAGGUAGUAUUUCAGCAUUAAAAUUCUCAAUUUUUUUGUAUAUCAAAUUGUAGAAGUUAUGUUAUUCAUUAGGAUUUUCUUUUGUUAUUUCUUUUCUUAUGUUUGAUGCUUAAGUUGUUCUUCUGAGAGAGUAUAUUAAUAUGUUGUAGUCUUGUAAAAGAGUAUAAUUUUUUUAUUAUUCAAAAACCAAAGUAAAAUAUUUUGUAGUUAAAAGAAAUGCAUUGAUGUUGGCAGGUAGAAAGAAAAACCUUGGAAGAAAUAGUGAUUCUGCUAAAUCCUGGCUCUAUAUUAUCUAGGCCUAGAUCUUUUUCCCCCUUUCUCAAAAUCAGGAUAGUAGAAGGUAUUUUUUGACUCCUACUGAAACAUGGGCCUGACUUUAUAAUGAGUGAGCAGUUUUAGAAAAGUAGCCGGGUCAAGGUCAUGUGAAAUCAGAGAAUUCUAAAUCAAGACAAAAGAUAAUUUUCUUUAAUAGAAUAUAUGUUAUUAAUUUAAAAAUAUGGUUUUAAUUGUCACCUCUGGAGCAAAGGGGAUAGUAAGUCUAUAUGUUUCUUAAAAUCCUUCUAAUUUGAGAUUUUAAAAAAUUUGACAUGCAGGUAAUGCCUCGAGUAUGUGUUGUAGUUUUUAGUUGACCACAUACAUUCACAUUAAUUUUUUUAAAAAUUGUAUUUAAUCAGAUGAAAAUAAAUGAGGAAAAAGGUUUUUUUAAAAUAAUUUUCUUUGAAUCGAAAACUUUGACCUGUUGCUAUUAAUAAUUUAUCACAUUUUUUUUUACUUAGAUUAAAGCAAUUGAAUGUUCUGUUCUUUGAAUCUAAGGGUGAUGUUACUGUUUAAGGCCCUUUGAGAGGUUUAUAUUAAGUUAUCCACACUGGAUCAAGUUGUUACCCUUCUAAUCAGUGACUUGCCUUUAUUAAUAAACUAGGGAUUAAGGAUAAAAAUCUAGAAUGAGAAGAUUUCUUAUUUUAAUCACAAGUAAGAUGAUCUCCCUUUUGGAAAAUCCUAUCAGUAAUUCCCUUUUUAGAAUUGUCAUCAUAGAGAAUUGCUUUAUGAUCAUCCAUUUUAUCCUAGAAACAGAAAAUAUAACUGUAUAUGAAGGAACAUAUAGAGAUAGCCAAUAUUUAUAAAGCUUUGCAUUCUUUUACAUUUUAACAAGUUGUGGUAUAGGUGUGAUAGAAUUAAUUUGUGAAUGUUAUUUAAAAGAAACUAUUAGUUUGUGAACUCAGAUUUUACAUUUGUAUUUGCGUUCUAUAUCAUGUGAGCCUGAAUUCACGGAGAAGUAUAUUUCCUGUGGCUAUUAAAAUGAACAAUAAAUGAUUAUCAUGGAUUGAAUUGUGUCCCCCAAAAAUAUCUGUCAACUUGGCUGGGUUGUGAUUCCCAGUAUUGUAUGAUUGUCUAAUCU